AUGUCUUUAAUAAGACUUGCAGCUUUAGUUAUGUUAUUGGCAACAAUAACCUCAAAGCCAGUCACUCAAUUAAAACUAAGCAAAUAUUUGAAAGGAGUUGACAUGUGCUCUACGUGCGUGACGUUCGGCAAUGAAAAUUUAAGCCAGUUGUACCAAAACGUAACAGGGCCAACAAUUCCUUCAAAUUGCACUGUUUUAUGCAAAGACCUUGCAGAUUCCUUAACUUACCAAAUCUGCAUCUAUUUAUGCUCUGGGGCAGGGUUUAACCCAUUUAUUUCAGAUGUCCAGAAGGCCAAUCCAGAUCCCAUUUACUUUUGUGAAUUAUUAAAUUCAUGCCCAACAAUAGUAGGAGGAGCUGCAAGCAUCUCGAAUACUUAUGUAGUUCCUACUUCAGGGUCUGUUGGAACCACUUUUAAGGUUGAAAUGACUUUUGCUGUUACCAAUACAACAGGGACUGGGCAAGUAAAAUUGACGGUCAAUCCUCCAGAUACAACGCUAAAGCCAUUUUCAUCUUCCUAUUUAAAUGAAGGAUUUGAAAUUGGCAGCUAUUCUGCGAAGUUUGAAAUCAAGACUAACAGUUCUUAUCCAGUUGGAAACUAUACUGGGACUCUGCAGGUCUGUUCUGGGACUUGUGGGAUGACCAACCCAAAUGAAGCGACUCUCUCGAGUGCUAAUGUUAAGUUUACAAUAAAAUAA